AUGUCAGCGCAAUAUCAAACAGGAAGUUAAUCGACGCCAUUUUUGUAGCCGACCACCUAAAGCUUUGAAGUCAAACAACAAUGAUUCAAUCUAAAGAUUCAGCUGGUUUAUUAUACAAAGUUUGGUGUUUGAAUCCAUUGUCGGCGUCGAAACGUUUUGUAAAUUUUCAUAUAUUCGACUUAAGUACAAAACAAAUUAGACUGGAGAAGUUUAAUUCCAAGAAAACGUGCUAAUCCGAUCAGAUUUAUUUACCAAACAAGAGGUAUUCUGCUAAGAACUAGCUGAGAUAACUAACCUCAAACCAUGGAUAUUCGACCAAAUAACACAAUCUACAUCAACAACCUAAACGAGAAAAUCAAGAAAGAAGAACUGAAGAAGUCACUCUACGCCAUAUUUUCCCAAUUUGGCCAAAUCCUGGACAUUGUGGCCCUCAAAACCCUCAAAAUGCGGGGCCAAGCUUUCGUCAUUUUCAAGGAAAUUCAAAGCUCGACCAACGCUUUACGCUCCAUGCAGGGGUUCCCGUUUUACGACAAACCAAUGCGAAUUCAAUAUGCAAAGACAGAUUCCGACGUUAUUUCGAAAAUGAAGGGUACGUUCCAGGAGAGGCCCAAGAAAAUACGCCCCCCGCCUUCCAAGGAGGACGAAGCGCCUAAGAAAAAGAAGAAGAACAAGGACCCCAACAGAAUCCCCGGUGGAAGCAACGCUGAACAACCUCCAAACCAAAUUCUCUUCCUUACUAAUCUGCCCGACGAAACGAGCGAAAUGAUGUUGUCCAUGCUUUUCAAUCAAUUCCCUGGAUUCAAAGAAGUGCGUCUUGUGCCCAACAGACAUGACAUCGCUUUUGUGGAGUUUGAAAACGAGUUGCAGUCAGGGGCUGCCAAGGACGCCUUGCAAGGGUUCAAGAUCACACCCACACAUGCCAUGAAAAUAUCGUUCGCAAAGAAAUAAGACCACAAAUUACGUAAAUAAUUAUAAGGAACAGUUUUAUAAUUUAACAAUCAGUCAUAAACAAUUUUUCAGUUCUGAA